UUCUGCCAACUCGUUACUGAUGAUUGAGGGCACAUUGUGGAAUGAGUAUAUAAAGAGUUGAUUGGGAUCCAAUUGCAAGAGCAUAGUGAUACGUAACAUGGAGCCAGCAGGUGAUCCAGGUCACAAUGGAGGUCAAGCAGUGGUGGGAGGAAGACGAGGAAGACGUGUUGGUCAAAGGAAUGGUAGGGGACAGGCAGCCCUUCUGAGAGGUGGUCGUGGGCCUCGUUUGAGAGGUGUGGGGGAACGUGGUAGAGGACAGGCACCCCUUCUGAGAGGUGGUCGUGGGCCUCGUUUGAGAGGUGUGGGGGAACGUGGUAGAGGACAGGCACCCCUUCUGAGAGGUGGUCGUGGGCCUCGUUUGAGAGGUGUGGGGGAACGUGGUAGAGGACAAGGCCACGGACCAAGACAGCGGCAGCAACAGCAUAGAGUGUCCAAUGAAAUUCGGGCAAUAGUUGUAGACCAUGUCAUAAAUCAUGGCAUGACAAUGACUGAGGCGGCUACAAUGAUACAACCAAACCUGAGAAGGUCAACCGUGGCCUCAAUAAUCAGAACUUUCCGCAAUGAGAACCGAAUUGUGACUAGGCCAAAUAGUGGAGGCAGAGGCAAAAUUCUAACUGACCAGCAAGAGCAGGCUGUGGUCGAUUUGGUUCGGGCCAGAAAUGAUAUUCGCCUUACAGAAAUUUGCCAGCAUAUCUUGGACAAUGAAGACAUGUUCAACAAUGUGGGAUCCAUAAGUUUGCCGACUAUUGCACGCAUACUGAAAAGGCACCAGGUAUCUAUAAAACAACUAUACCAUGUGCCUUUCGAAAGAAAUGCAGACAGAGUGAAACAAAUGAGGACUGAGUAUGUUCAGAGGGUGAUGGAGCUGGAUGCUGAUGACGACCAUCACAAAUUCAUAUAUUUGGAUGAGGCAGGUUUUAAUCUGGCCAAGACAAGGAGGAGAGGUCGGAAUUUCAUUGGCCAGCGGGCAACCAUCCAAGUACCUGGACAACGUGGGGCCAACAUUACCAUGUGUGCGGCUAUAUCAGAAGAUGGUGUGGUGGGACGCAGACCUCAUAUUGGACCAUAUAAUGCAGCUCUCCUUGUCACCUUUCUUGAUGAGCUCGAACAGGUUUGUAGAGCUGAAGGUGUGACCUAUGGUUUCAGGCCCAUGCACAAUUUAACACCCUGUAUUUACCCCCAUACUCCCCCUUCCUUAACCCGAUUGAGGAAUUUUUCUCCGCAUGGAGAUGGAAGGUUCAUGAUAGGCACCCUCAUGAACAAGUCACUCUUCUCCAGGCCAUGGAUGACGCCUGCAAUGACAUCACAGCAGACCAGUGUCAGGCCUGGAUUCGCCAUGCCCGAAGGUUUUUUCCAAGAUGUUUGGCUAAUGAAAACAUCCAUUGUGAUGUAG